CUAAAGCCACCUGGGAACGGUAUCAAGAAGAAAGCCUGUGAAGCCUUCUAAGAUGGGAAAGACAAAAGAAAGCUGGCAGGAUUGUGCUUGCUAAGGUGUGACUGUGCAGUAUCUGUGGCUUUUUCUGACCUCCUCCCACCCCUGCACCCAACACCCAUCAUCAAACUCACAUCGGAUGAUUCAGGCAUGGCUCUGCUAACACUUUAUUAAAAGCAUGGAUUAACUUUACUUCCAAGUUUAUUUUUACUGCACCAUCCCAUUUGUGGAAACAACUAGCUUACUCAGCUUUUUUUUCCUUUUAUAAAGGAAACAACAGAAAAGUAAAAGGAGGAAAGAAAACAAGAGGUGAGUGAGGCAACUGAAAACUGUUCUUGGACCUGCGGUGCUAUUGAGCAGGCUCUUCUAGGUUGGCAGUUGCCAUGGAAUCUGGACCCAGAAUGUUGGCCCCCGUUUGCCUGGUGGAAAAUAACAAUGAGCAGCUAUUGGUGAACCAGCAAGCUAUACAGAUUCUUGAAAAGAUUUCUCAGCCAGUGGUGGUGGUGGCCAUUGUAGGACUGUACCGUACAGGGAAAUCCUACUUGAUGAACCAUCUGGCAGGACAGAAUCAUGGCUUCCCUCUGGGCUCCACGGUGCAGUCUGAAACCAAGGGCAUCUGGAUGUGGUGCGUGCCCCACCCCUCCAAGCCAAACCACACCCUGGUCCUUCUGGACACCGAAGGUCUGGGCGAUGUGGAAAAGGGUGACCCUAAGAAUGACUCCUGGAUCUUUGCCCUGUCUGUGCUCCUGUGCAGCACCUUUGUCUACAACAGCAUGAGCACCAUCAACCACCAGGCCCUGGAGCAGCUGCAUUAUGUGACGGAGCUCACAGAACUAAUUAAGGCAAAGUCCUCCCCAAGGCCUGAUGGAGUAGAAGAUUCCACAGAGUUUGUGAGUUUCUUCCCAGACUUUAUUUGGACAGUACGGGAUUUCACUCUGGAGCUGAAGUUGAACGGUCACCCUAUCACAGAAGAUGAAUACCUGGAGAAUGCCUUGAAGCUGAUUCAAGGCAAUAAUCCCAGAGUUCAAACAUCCAAUUUUCCCAGGGAGUGCAUCAGGCGUUUCUUUCCAAAACGGAAGUGUUUCAUCUUUGACCGGCCAACAAAUGACAAAGACCUUCUAGCCAAUAUUGAGAAGGUGUCAGAAAAGCAACUGGAUCCCAAAUUCCAGGAACAAACAAACAUUUUCUGUUCUUACAUCUUCACUCAUGCAAGAACCAAGACCCUCAGGGAGGGAAUCACAGUCACUGGGAAUCGUCUGGGAACUCUGGCAGUGACUUAUGUAGAGGCCAUCAACAGUGGAGCAGUGCCUUGUCUGGAGAAUGCAGUGAUAACUCUGGCCCAGCGUGAGAACUCAGCGGCCGUGCAGAGGGCAGCUGACUACUACAGCCAGCAGAUGGCCCAGCGAGUGAAGUUCCCCACAGACACGCUCCAGGAGCUGCUGGACGUGCAUGCGGCCUGUGAGAGGGAAGCCAUUGCAAUCUUCAUGGAGCACUCCUUCAAGGAUGAAAAACAGGAAUUCCAGAAGAAGUUCAUGGAAACCACAAUGAAUAAGAAGGGGGAUUUCUUGCUGCAGAAUGAAGAGUCAUCUGUUCAAUACUGCCAGGCUAAACUCAAUGAGCUCUCAAAGGGACUAAUGGAAAGUAUCUCAGCAGGAAGUUUCUCUGUUCCUGGAGGGCACAAGCUCUACAUGGAAACAAAGGAAAGGAUUGAACAGGACUAUUGGCAAGUGCCCAGGAAAGGAGUAAAGGCAAAAGAGGUCUUCCAGAGGUUCCUGGAGUCACAGAUGGUGAUAGAGGAAUCCAUCUUGCAGUCAGAUAAAGCCCUCACUGAUAGAGAGAAGGCAGUAGCAGUGGAUCGGGCCAAGAAGGAGGCAGCUGAGAAGGAACAGGAACUUUUAAAACAGAAAUUACAGGAGCAGCAGCAACAGAUGGAGGCUCAAGAUAAGAGUCUCAAGGAAAACAUAGCCCAACUGAAGGAGAAGCUGCAGAUGGAGAGAGAACACCUACUGAGAGAGCAGAUUAUGAUGUUGGAGCACACGCAGAAGGUCCAAAAUGAUUGGCUUCAUGAAGGAUUUAAGAAGAAGUAUGAGGAGAUGAAUGCAGAGAUAAGUCAAUUUAAACGUAUGAUUGAUACUACAAAAAAUGAUGAUACUCCCUGGAUUGCACGAACCUUGGACAACCUUGCCGAUGAGCUAACUGCAAUAUUGUCUGCUCCUGCUAAAUUAAUUGGUCAUGGUGUCAAAGGUGUGAGCUCACUCUUUAAAAAGCAUAAGCUCCCCUUUUAAGGAUAUUAUAGAUUGCACAUAUAUGCUUUGGACAAUUUUUGAUCUGUAUGUUUUUCAUUUUCAUUCGGCAAGUUUUUUUUUUUUUUUUUGUCAGAGCCUUACUCUGUCGCCCAGGCUGGAGUACAGUGGUGCAAUCUCAGCUCACUGCAACCUCUGCCUCCCGGGUUCAAGAGAUUCACCUGCCUCAGCCCCCUAGUAGCUGGGAUUAUAGGUGCACACCACCACACCCAGCUAAUUUUUGUAUUUUUAGUAGAGAUGGGGUUUCACUAUGUUGGCCAGGCUGGUCUCGAACUCUUGACCUCAAAUGAUCCACCUGCCUCGGCCUCCCAAAGUGCUGGGUUUACAGGCAUGAGCCACCAUGCCCAGGCCUCAUUUAGCAAAGUUUUAAACAUAAAAAGUGCUUAUUAGAGGAUAUCAGUGCCUGGCCCACAUGAGAGAACAGAUCCAAACACACUUUGAAAAACCUUGUUCACUUUUAGGAAAUAUAAUUUUGAAAAAUAAUUUACAUACAAGAGGUCCACUGAGGCAUUGCUUUUAAUGGCAAAAUAUUGGAAUGUACUUGAAUGUCCUUCACAUUAGAUUGGUAAGAUAAAUUUUAGUAUGUGCAUGUACUGGAAUAUUAUAUAGCCAGUAAACAAAUUGACAAUGAAGCUCUAUUUGUACCAGUAAAGAAUGGUCUUGAAGAGAUAUUGUAAAAUGAAAAAAAAAAAAGCCAAGUUGUAAAGCAAUGUAGAUUAUCUUAUCAGCAUGGAAAAAAUGCAAUGAUUAUAUGGAAGCAUGCAAAUAUAUCUCUGGAAAGAUUAA